AAAGAAUCCUUCUGUUGAUGAAGGAUUUCCAACAAGCAGUAUAAAUUAUUAUUGCUAAGAAAGUUUUUUAACGUGAAAGAAAAAAAAAAACAAGAAAAGAAUAUGAAGUUGUCAAAAUUAUCAAAUCAGACAAACUCACAGGAUCCACAAGCGGUAAACUCACGUGUCUUUGUCGGCAACCUGAAUACGUUUCAGUGUUCAAAAACAGACGUGGAACGUAUGUUUCAGCGAUAUGGCAGAUUAGCUGGAAUUUCAAUGCACAAAGGAUACGCUUUUGUCCAGUUUACGAAUCCGUUCGAUGCGAGAAACGCUUGUCAUGGCGAAGAUGGAAGAACGGUUUUAAGUCAAAUAUUAGAUGUUAACAUGGUAGCUGAGCCGAAGGCACAUCAAACGGGUCGUAAACGACAAAAUGUGACAAAAACUGGAAAUGAUUGGGACUAUUAUUACGAUAGCUAUUACGCCUCGACGAUAUUUGCGCCGCAAUUGCAACCUCGUCCCGUGAAAAGACCUCGUCUCAUGACAACGAGUCAAACGCGCGCCGCCAAUGUUCUCGUGAACAACAAACUUGCCGUCGCCGCCACAAAUACGUUAGCUUUAGCGCAGCAAUUGCAGCAACAGCAACACGCACAAGCCCAGCAGCAUCAGCAACUCCAGCAAUUGUUGUCGUCGGCAUCCUCGUUGUCGCCGCCUCUCAAUAACUCGCAUCAACAGCAGCAGCAACCGAACGGGCUUCUCAAUAACAACAGUCACAGCGCGACAAAUGCAAACAAUAAUUGUAAUUUGAACAAUUGCAACAACGGCAGUAACGUCGUUCAAGGCACAGCGACAACAGCAACGAGCGGCAAUGGCAAUGAUUUAUUGGGAAUUGGUUUGUGCAACAAUAACAAUAACAUCACAACAGGCACAACGACAAAUGGACAGCAACAAACAUCAGCGGCAGCAGCACAAUUUAUGAUAAAUGGACAACAUGUUGUUGGACCAUUCAAAACUUACAGUAACCCCGACACGCUAAUCUGCGGCAAUUGUCGAGAGAUGUUUACGGAUUUGGGCGAAUUGUUGGACCAUAAACGGACUUAUUGCAAACUUAGAUUUACGUGCAAGUGUCAGGAGGUUCCCGUGCAACUGGUCAACAAAACUCCCCUUUCUUCGGCAAAUCUCAUGUGCGUCGUGUGCAAAGAUUCGUUCGUUAACCCGUGGGACUUGAUGGUUCAUGCCCAAGCUGCCCAUAUGAUCAACAUUUACGAGUUGGGAGACGCAUCGAAGACGAGCGACAGCAACGGAAUGGAAAAAGAACAGGAGGAACACGAAAAGGACGAAGAGGGAACACAUUCGAUGGAGGAAGCAAAGUCCUCGGAUGAUGAAAAUUGUACAGAAACUGGUUUCACUGUGACUGUCACGCAAUUGCAAAACGGAGAGAAGUCACGUAGCGGAUCGCCGCUAAUGAAUGACAAGACAAAUGAACUAACAAUUAAUGAUUCGGUGCAAGCGUGUAUCGUUCAAGCAACAAUUAACUCUCCCAGCGAUACAACCACAGUGCCAUCAUCCAUCAUACAAAUGAGUCACAAUCAUCACACGGCAAUAUCUCAGUGA